ACAUCGUAGAUAUUCCUUCUCGCUAAUUAUUGGUUUUCUUUUUGCCAUAAACAAUUAGGAAUAUGCUGGGGCCAUAUGCUGAUGAUGACAAAUAGUGAAACAUGUUAACCUCAGGGAGACACAAGCUUUGGGCACAAAGUCCACAAGGACGAGUUAUGGAGGCCCAGGGGGACAGUGCUGCCACAGUUGUUUCUCCAAAUCCAGAUUCAGAUUUUAUGGAUGAGCGAGGCGAUGCCUCAUCUCAUGAAGGCAACACUCCGGUGGUAGAUGCACAGGAAAGUGAAGCCACAAAUCUUCAUGCUGAACCUCAAGCAGCAGAGCAGUCAGUGAAGGAAAGUAAACCAGGUGGAGCAGCUGGCUCAGGUAGAGUUGCUGGAAAUAAUGGUGAAAAAGACAGUAUAGCAUCUGAUGAAAAUGUGGACUUGACACAAGAUGACAAAGAAGGUAGCUCCGAUUCUCAGAGUGAACCAUUUGAGAUGCUGAAAAUACCAGAUCCAGGGGAGGCAACUCCAACACAUUCCAACAUUAGUGACGAGGCUGAAAUACUGGACGCAGCAAAGGAAGUAGACCAAGACAGUGUGAAAGAAAAGGAUGUGCCUGAGGAGAAGGAGGAGGAGGAGGAAGAUGGUGGUUAUGUGGACAUAUUAGGAAAUGGUUUGCUGAGGAAGAAGGUGAUAAAGAAGGGAGAAGGUCGUGAUUCACGCCCUAACCAUGGUGACGUGGUUACACUAAAGGCUGAGGGUCGUCUUGAGAAUGGUAGAGCUGUAGACAAACAGGAUACUGUCACAUUUACACUUGGAGAUGGCGAUGUUAUACAAGCCUGGGACCUGGCAGUUUCAUUGAUGGAGAUGGGCGAGGCCUGUGAACUCAUUACAGCAGCAAAAUAUGCCUUUGGAGCCACUGGCAGAGAGCCUGAUAUCCCAGGUGAUGCCACCAUCACAUACACCCUGGAACUCCUUAACAAAGAGCAAAGCCCCUUGCUCAGCAGCCUGUCGGUGAAAGAGCGAUACACAAAAGGGGAAACAAAGCGAGAGAGAGGCAAUUACCUGUUUGGAAGGAAGGAUUACACUGGUGCCAUUAACUCCUAUUCUAAAGCCAUCACAAUACUAGAAUAUCCUGGCAGCACUGAUGGCGCUGAAACCAACACGUUGCAGGAAAUCCUGGACUGCAAGCUGAAAUGCUACAACAAUUUGGCUGCUUCUCAACUGAAAAUUGAUGCGUAUGAUGCAGCAAUCAGAUCCUGUGAAGGGGUACUGAAGAGUCAGCCAGAAAAUGUUAAAGCACUCUACAGAAUAGGAAAGGCCUACAGUUCCAAAGGUGAUAACGAGAAAGCUUUAUCUUAUCUGAAGAAGGCACUGAACAUAGAUCCAGCGUCAAAGAUUAUACACACAGAAUUGUCAAAGUUGAGUCAGAAGUUGAAAGCAGACACAGACUCUGAGCGUGCAAUGUACCGGAGAAUGAUGGGAGCAAAUAAGCCGACAAAGAAACCAACUAAUGGUCCAUCAUGGUGGAAGAUGCCCCUGAUAUUUGGUGGUGUGAUGGCAGGUGUGGUAUCUGUCGGUCUAGCAGUGGCGUACAGAUAUGGCCAGCACUGACGGCGGGGGGUGCCACAUGAUAAGAGGAGGGGGCGUGACAGUGUGAGAGCUAGGGGUGUGUCAGUGUGACAUUGUGACAGCUAGUGGUGUGACCGUGAGACAUUUCUACAGCUUGGGCAUGGAGGUGUGACAUUAUGACUGCUAGGAGCAAGAUAAUGUAACAUGUGUGCAUGAAAUAUUAUAUCUUUUGUGAUAUUGAUUCAUCCAACCCUUCAAUGAGUAAGAAAACAGGAUGAAAUAUUCUAGAUGUCUUAAUGUUAAGAAUUCUUCAGAGUGAUCUAUAACAGAUAGUGUGAUCUUGCAAAUGGAAUGGGCACCAUCUCAAACCUGAAACUUAGAAGAAUGAUCUUAAACCAGAAAUCCACUUCAUUGGAAGGGAGGUAACUCAUGGCUGUUUUUGGUUGUAUGAGAGCUUGGCUAAUAUAUAAGUUAAAAUGCUUCUUUUACCAAUGAGGAUGUAAUUGGGCAAAACAUUUGUAUGAAUUGUGUACAUCUAACUGUGUGUUAUAUUCAAGAAAUGACAAGGCAUAUGUGUAACUGCUUAUAAACAACUGGGGUACUUGUUCUCAAUGUGUUAGUGGUUCUAAAACUUCUGCAACCCUGUUUUCAAAAUAUUGCACUUGAUAAUUUGUUUUGCUCAGAACAUUAGUGCAGCUAAUUUCAACUUAUGAAUACAUGAUGCUGCUUAUCACAAGUUGAAUUAAACAGUGCAAGACUAAAGUAAUAUGAGGCAGUGAUUGUUGAUCCCUGUAGACCGACUGAAGACCAGUGCCACUUGCCAUCAGCUGAUGUGCAGUGUGUUCUGUUAUUGUAUGGAAGGGUUUCAGUCACAGCUCAUACAGGUUCAGCCAAAUAUGAAUCACUGUAAUACCAUAUGUCUUUGCUUCAUGCUCUCAUUUAUCUUGUCAAAGUCACAUGUUGAACUUGCAUUUCAGAAAUUGCGAGGUUUACUAGGCAUCUUGUGAGGGGUACCAUAUGUCAGAUUUGCAUGUGUUAUAAGAAUCAUAGUUCAUAAUCUUAGUUAUUUUCAUUCACUGUGCAACGAUGUGCGGUAUGAAAGAAAGACAUGCUGGCUUAUCAGCUAUGAAUAAAUUCACCUGAAAAGGUUAGAGACAGCCAGGAACAUGCAGUGCAUUACAGCACAUUGUAACAUGAAUAGAGAGGGAUAUUGCUUUGUCAACCUGUUGGGAUACCACAAACAGAACAGAGUUUGUGGAUGAGACAAAAAUAUAUUUCAUACAAACUAUAUAUUUAUCUAUAUUUGUUUAUAAGAAGAGGUGAAGAAUAGGAAAUGCUUUUGGAGUUUUGAAUGUUGUCUUGCCUACUGAAAUAUGUUCCUGAUGACAAUGGUCCAUGUUUCGGACAUCGACUUGUCAUGGUCUGAGUGAGGUGGUCAUGAUAGUCGAUGUGGGAAGAUCUGUGUGGAUCAUCCCAGUUAUCUCCCCUUACCAACAAUGUACAGGAAUCUUGUUCUUUUCAGUGGGCAUUGUUUCCUCGCCGUUGUGAAGUGAUAAUGUGUUAUGUAAAUCUUUCCACCAUACACUGUAUACUAGUAUUCCAGACUAUUGUGUCAAGAUGCCAAUAUUUCCCAAGAAGAAAAUCCAUUUGUGGUGCAUUCAUUUCUCUAGUAAAGUCACAAGUCCUCUACAAGUGACAUGUUUGUGCCUUGUUUUGUUUGUUAAUGCAAAGAUCUACAGCUCAUGUGUUUGAAACCUUGAGAUUAUGGCCCUGGUCAGUCAGCACUGUUACUGAUGGUUUUACCAAUGUCAUACAUGUCUGUGGCCAGAGGCACUUUAGGCUGCCCUUGUACAUGAGAUGAGAUAGAUCAGCAAGCUACUGAAACACUGCUCAGUCUGUGUGAAACUCAACCACACAUUCCUUCUCUGCUUACAUGUGUAGUGCAUUUGGUAAGGAAAUAUAUGUAAGUUUGUUAUAUAUUUCUAUCCAAGCAUAAGGGUCAUUUAUACUUGCAAUGUGCAUAUGUUGAUCUGUUACUGCCAAGUGCAGAUGAUGGUAGAUAUUUAGAUAAUAUAUGCAUUACCAUCCAACAUGGGACCAGGUGUAAAUAGCUUGCUGUGUUCUUGUUCUUGCUAUGUUGCUGUAAAUUAUUAUGUGUAUAGUAUUGUUGAGUGAAGUGAGUACUCCAGAAAUAUGCAUUGAAAGUUGUGGUGUUGAGAGUAAGAAUCUGUGUUUGUUAUAAUUGUAUUUUAGCAAGAUUGUGAUGAAUGAUUUGAUAAUUAAAUAUCAUACAUCAA